AUGGCCUUCACCACCACCACCUCCCCCCUCGAACCCCUCCGCCCCUGCCAACAAGCCUACCUCGGCUCCUCCAACGCCCGCCGCAUGCUCAAACGCGCCCAACUUUCCCGCAAAACCACCGGCUCCGGCUCCGACGACCCAAUCUUCGCCUUACACGAAGAAGCGUCCGCCCAAGACCCCCUCGCCACACCCUUCCACGCCCCGGACGAAAGUCCUGCGAGUCCUCCCAGAACAGGGUAUAGCGUGCAAUGCUACGCUACGCACAUCGAAGACGAAGCGAGGAGGAAAGAAACCGUGGCGGCGGAGAAGGAGGUCAUGGGGUUGCUGAACAGCAUCAACGUCUCCCGGCGCGUGGAAGGCAGUCUGCCGUUAAAGUUAAAGCCGCUGUUGUGCAAACACGCGCAGGAGCAGGCCGAUACGCUGUUUGCGGAGGAGAACUGCUCGAUUCCGCCGAGUCCGGGGUCUGCACCUCUGCCGGCGUACGUGCCGAAUGUUACGAUUCAUGAGUCGAGGUCUGGGAGGAGGAGGGCUACGCUCAUCAGUCCGCCGGCUAUUGGCGCGUUGGCUUGUGGGGAGAUGUGGUAUGGAGGGAAGUAUCGAGCGCAUCUCUACGCGGUUCGGGAAGCGAGCUCGAGCGGAGCAAGCGGGAGCAGUGGUGGGAGUAUAGCCAGUGAGGAAGGCCCGGUGCAUCAAGAGGAUUGCCCGUGCAGGCUGAGGAUGGUGUUUGAGACGAUGGUGGAUGAGGGAUGGACAUGUGUGGGGAUUGGGAGGGGCGGUGAUGGACGUGGCCGCUGGGUUGUUGAGUUGGGGGAGUAA